AUGCGCCUUUACGCCUCGUUUUCUCUAGCCUUCGGGCUUGUGGCUGCCAGCCCAUGCAAGCCGUUGACUUCAGGCUCAACCGCUGUUUCUGCGACUUUCUCUUCCUCAGUAACCGAGAUCUCCAGCACGUUCGCUGAGUCCGCGACUUCUACAGUCGAAACUCUCGCUACUGAAACUUCAACUGUGAUUGAGUCUGAGACAUCGACUGCGAUCGACACCACCGCUACUGAAGCCUCAACUUUUGUUGGUUCAACUAGCACCGAAACUACCGAUGCCACUAUCUCGGCUUCUGAGACGUCGUCCCAGGCCACCUCUGGCACGGCAGUAUUCACAUCAGUGACUUCUGCUGACACGACCACCACCGGUACAACCGAGACAUCCACCGCCGAGACGUCUGCAGCUACGACGACCACAGUUGAGACUUCUACAGCCAUGACAACCACCACCACAUCAGAAGAACCUGGUCCCACUGAUCAUCUCCUCAUCGCCGGUCUAGGCCCCGCUCAAGGCCUUCCCCUGAAAUCGACGAAGCAAAACGGCGAUUUCAUGAUCUUCGGUCAACGUUCAUCAAGGUGGACAGUCGGUCGCUUCGUCGUCGAUCCAACCACUGGAUACCUCACCCAAGACGGCAUUCCCGUCUGCGCAAGUUACCGUGGCAUGAGUCGAAACGCCGCCCUGACUCCUUGCUCAACCGAGUACAAUUUGUAUGGCACGGCUCGUCUCACCUGCGCACGAAACCCUGCGGCUGGUACUGCUCUUCAGUGCUCUGCUGUAAAGUUGAACUGUGUGCCGAACGGACCAGGUGACAGCCAGAUCUGUAGUGUUUCGACUGAGGCCAGUUGGAAGAGGUUCUUUGUCAGUACCGGCUCCGACUACACUGUGUACCUCGGUGCUGACGACUUUGCAUCGCCGUCCUUCGUGUCUGUGGGCAUUUUCGUUGAUCGAGCUCCGACUGCCGCUGCUCCAACAGCACCGUAG